AUGGCCACUCAAUUCGACUACUUGACCCCACCUCCUAAGAGGGAGAACAGGGGUUCUUCUAAAAUAUGGAUUAGAGUAUUUUCCAACGUUGCAUCCUUCCUUUUCGUUUACUGUAUCAUGGUAGGAUCUCUCUUUUAUGAGUUGGGGCAGAGAAUCGCUGGAAUUGCAACGGACAAGACUAAAGACAAUACAAUGCCCAACUUCACACCAAGACAACCUUACAAAAAUAUAAAGAAGAUGAAGAUUUCGAAUGACUUGAGAUUUUAUGCCCAGGAGAUAGACCUCGACUUAGAAGUUUUCAAAAUCACUACCGAGGAUGGCUUCAUAUUGACGUUGCACCAUUUGUUUGACCCCAAGGAAACUCAAGAGCAGAAAGAUGCCAGAACUCCUAUCUUAUUACAGCAUGGAUUACUCUCUUGUUCGGGUGCGUUUUUAACCGCUGGCCACAAUUCGUUGGCCUGUUACUUCCAGGAAGAGGGAUACGAUGUUUGGUUAGGAAACAAUCGUUCAUGGUUCGAAGCGGUCCACUCGGAAUACGAAGGAAAUUUGAAACACAAUGAAAAAUAUUGGGACUGGGAUGUAAGGGACUUUGCUUAUUACGAUUUACCGUGCAUCAUUGACAAUGUCUUGUCUCAUAAGCCAAAUCAUACCCAGUUGAUCUUGGGUGGCCAUUCUCAAGGAUGUACUCAAACUGUGUUGUUAUUGAAAAAUGGGAAUUUUCCAGAACAUCUGCAUAAGCUUAAAGCAGUAUUUUUCCUUUGUCCUGCCAUCUUCCCGGGUUCAUUGUUUCAUCACAGAACCUUUAUUAAAUUCAUUCAUGCCAUGGGUCCUACAACUUACAAGUUCUUCUUCGGGAAGACCGCUUUCUUGCCAAUAUUGGGCUGGGCAAGACGUAACUUAUACCACACUACACUUUUUGGAUGGACAUCGUAUUUGAUGUUUAAGUAUCUAUUUGGUUGGAAUAGUAGUAAGUGGGGUAGUGAUAAGAAAAUUUGGCAUAUCCACUUCGUUUUCAAUGUCAGUUAUGUUUCAACCAAAUUGAUGAACUGGUGGUUGAGUGAAUGGGUGCCGGAGGGUUUCUCGAAUCAAUUACUUCCCAAGAAGGCAUACAUGAGCGAAGAGCAUUGUGCGUUCACUCCAGUCAAUUCUGCCGCGGAUGCCAUGGAGGCAGAACAAGCGUCUGUUGUAGCACUCGAAGAAGCAGAAGCAGAAUUACCAGUAAAUGGAGAAUUAAUAGAUGACUCGAAGACAUUUUUCCCUUAUAAGAGAGAAUGGUUCGGACUUGACGAGAAGAUAAACACUGUACCGAUGUUAAUUUUCACUGGAAAGUUGGAUUAUCUUGUUGAUGGAGAUAGAUUGGCCAGUCAUAUGCGUCACUACGAAAGUGCUUACCAAGAAGGACUGAACUUGAAAAUAGUUGAAUUAGAUGACUAUAGUCAUUUGGAUGUGGUUUGGAGUGAAGAUGCCAUUGGAAGAGUUGGAUAUGUAGUUCAUGAUAUGAUAAAGGGACUUGGAAGUAAAGAAGUCACCGAGAAUGAAAAAGUCAUUGUUCCGGAAGUGGCGCAACCAUCAACAACGGCUAAUCCUACGGAUUCUUUAAGCAUACCCAAAGAAAAUGGAAUCAGUAAGAAACUCAAGGAAAGACAGGUUGCCUCAGACAUCUCAGAGAAAAAAGAGUCUUCUACAUUGCCUUCACGUUUCGAAGUAACUGUGUAA